CUUGAAGUCAGUGCCAAUGUUUGAGAUAACAGAUACAUGAACGAGGACGACGUGGAUGAAACAACCAGUCUAAUGUCGGGCGAAGUAGUCACUCAGAAUUUUCGUGGUAACAGAAACAGUGACCGCCGGAGUCGAAGAAAUGGACAAAAUAACGAAAUAACAGAUGUGGUAAGUACUUUUUGAUGCUGAAGAUUAUAAUGAGAGAUUUCAGUUUCUGUUCUGAUUUCUGAGUUUUCUUUGGUUGUCGUUUACACCCAGGAAUCACCUUAAUAUCAUCAUUAAAAAUCAUAUUUUUCCCUCUUCAGUUUCGCGUUUAAUAUUCAAAGAUUGCUCAGUUUCAGAACUUUAUCAGUUACAUUUAGACACACCUAGUGUUGUGCUGUCAGCCCGCGUCCCUUGUAAACUUUCAAUGUACUGAAAAGUAGAGAGUUCGAGCCUCUUUCGAACGAAAACACGUCUGUGCUUGAUCAUGAUAACUUUGGAGACAGAAAUGGUGACACUUCUGUCAUAUCCCGUAAACGCCUAUUCUAAGCUCCCCUUUCUUUAAAAUCAGCGAAAUGUUCACUCAGAAUUUCCUUAAAUCAUUAAGCUGGCUUAUUUUGGAAAUAGAUUUAAGAAUAGCGGGAAACAGUAGGUGUGGGGUAAAACUAAACAGUUGAUGUGAAAUGUUAGGGUCCAGGCUUAGUUCAAGAGAAUGUGUCAUCACUUUCCCCCACUCCAUCCAGGAGUUGAUUAACCCUUGAAACCCUAACAACAGUUUUCAUAUUCUUCAUACUGUUCUUUGUACAUUUCCUAUGAUGCUGAUAAGAGGAAUUUGUUUAACGGUCAAGAGCCUCCUUCAUUGGUGAUCAUUUCCUUUAUUCUCAUGACCUUAAUGUUUGAUUCAGGGAUGAUAUUGUGAGGAGAAAUUAGAUGCCAAUCUUCUGUAGGGGUUAUUAAUGAUAAAAACUAUGGUGUCCACUGUUGUAAAGUAAUUUUGAUUAACCCUCAGAACCUUAAGCGUAACCAGCUUCUAAUUUCUCUUUGCAGUAGUACUGCUGAAUCAUUCAUUCGUUAAAAUAAAGGAAAUGAUUAGCAAUUUAAGAAGCUUUGAUUGUCAGUACUGAAAUAAAUGUAUAGGGAACAGUAUAGAGAAUAUGGAUACUGAUAUUAGAGUUUAAAAGGUUCAACCAACAUACUUAUUUGUUUUCCUGUCAGAAUGAUGGGCCUGAACUGUUUGAAGAAGGUGGUAAUGAAAGGCCAUCAAGGGCACGUCAGAGAAAUCAGGGCAGGGAGCAAAGGGUACGAGAUGUAUCGCCCAAUGAUAGUGAAAUGGAUGAGGAGGAGAUGCUCAAAUAUGGAGCCAAGAGUGUUAUGAUGUUAAUAGUUCCUGUUUCGACCUGUAUGUUGGUUGUUGUAGCAACUAUAGCGUCAGUGACAUUCUAUACACGGAAAGAAGGCACAUACCUGUAAGUUGCCCACAGCUGUCUCUUGUAUACUUUCUUUCGGAAUAUUGGGAAGGGAAUGUCAAAAAAAAGAUGAAAAAUUUUUUGUUUCAAUUUACCAGUCAAUCUUUUUUAACAUCAUUUUGUGUCUUUCCUUAGUGAAGCAACAGACUGCCAGCUCUCAUGUAAAACCAACGUUUAAAGGUGUCUUUGGUUGAGAUGAGGUGGCAUGAUGAUAGAGUUUUUUUUUAUGUAACAGUAUUCAGAUUUGAAAAUUUUUUUGAUGGCAGAAAAGUUAACAAGAUCUCCCUGAGAAACUAUUGGGCAAUCAUGUGUUGGCAGCCCUUUAACUAACUGAUGGUAGUAAGGUGGUUUUCUGUGGCCAUUUGCUAGCUGUCUGUUCACUGUCAUUUGACCCUUUGUCAGAUGUUAGUUCCCUGUAAAAGGUUUUCUGUUGGUCAUUUAUUUGCCCCUUAUCAGCUGUUUCUUGGUUUAUUGAGGGCUGUAUAUAACAGGGUAAUUUAGUAUUAUCAACUGAGUUGAUAACAUAAAUUGGCCACCAAAAAGAGUUUCAAAGCUGACAUUUUGAGAAGUAGCCCUUUGUUAGAGCAAAUGGGGGAGUUGUGGGUUGUGUUUGUGUUUAUAUGCAGAAAAUGGGGCUAUGCCACUGGCGAAAGAAAAACAAAUAAAUUAGUUGAAUGGAAAGCACUUGUUGAUACCAUGGAGAUAAAGAGUGCCGAUUUGAAAGAUUCAUUUUUGUUCUAGAGUUUGGUGGCUUUCCAAACUGCCUAGAUGUAGGGAAAUAUAAUAGCCUUCCAUUGAUCAUUUUUCUAAUCAAUCAACCUCAAUGUUGAUCUAUUAGUGUGUACACACCAUUUCAUGAGGAUGGAAACAUAAGCCAGGCAAGGAAGGCUGGAGAGGCAAUAGCAAAUGCCUCCAUAGUGAUUGGUGUUGUUCUGGCUCUCACCAUUGUCCUUGUGCUGCUUUAUAAGUUCCGAUGCUAUUGUGUGAGUACAGUAAUUUUGCUUCUCCCCACAUGUAGUUUAAACUUGUUACUCAUAUUACGUGAUUGUAAUGUAGUAAAGUUAGUAACAUCAUAUGGUAAAGUAUCAUUAGAUAAUGAAUGAUUGUUAUUGGUGAGCUGUAAUUUUAAGCAAUUACAGAAAAGAAGCCUGAAAAAAAUUAUAUGGACUACGCAGCCAUGCAUUGGAAAUGGGAACAUUCUAGAAGGCUUGUGUAAAUCAUGAAAUUCUAGCAGCAUGCUGGUAUUUGCCAAACAAUGCAAUUGACUGGUUAUGGAUUAUUAUUUCUCUGUAAAGACUUAUAAUAUUUAUAGGAAGAUUGUACUAAUCUGCCUCAUUUAACAAGGGAAUGAAUUGUGAGACAUAUAUUGGUAAUAAUACCACAGUGCCACACCUUCCUUAAAGUAAAUUUGUUAGAGUGAGAUUCUCAGAUCUUUUUAAAAGGGAAAUUAAGUUAGUGAAAUAUAAUAAUUAAUUACCUUAAAACAUUCACAGGAAUGCUCUGGUUGUUUCCUAGGUAAUAUCAGGAUGGUUGGUGCUAUCGUCUUUAAUGCUGUUAUUCUUCUUUGGCUACAUUUAUUUCCAGUAAGUCAUCCAUACUUCACACUCACUUUACCAGCUUUGCUUUCCCAUUAAAUAAAACAAUUGGAACUUGUCAUUAUGUGACUUCUUAGAAUGAUGGCGAAUGUUACUGUUGGUCUUAGACUCUCAGUUUUAUUGAGUGUGUAGCAAGUUUUCAAAGCCUAUAACAGAUCUCAUUUAAGUAAACCCAAUUCAAUCACAAAUUAGUUUUGACACUUAUUAAAAAUAUCUCUAUUUACUCUAUUUUCCUUGCCACACCUAGUCUGUUUUUCUAGGUUGUCAUCUAUCCUAGGCUUUCCUUUGUUUUUGGCAAAGGUGCUUUGUAUGUCAGUGACAAAAAAACGUUUUUUUAAUGUUCAAUAUUUGUCCUUGUUGUCAACAGAGAGGUGCUGAAGGUGUACAACGUAGCAAUGGACUACUUCACAUUAUCAUUGAUAAUCUGGAAUUUUGGGGUUGUAGGAAUGAUUUGCAUACAUUGGAAAGGACCUCUUAGAUUACAACAAGCAUACCUUAUCUUAGUUAGUGCUUUGAUGGUAAGCCAUAGCUUUGUUUUUUUGGUUGUUUUUUGUUGUGAGAUGUGUACUGGUUUGAAAGCAUAAGAUAAAAUUCUUAAACUAAUGAGUCACUAACAAUACUUAGUGAGGCCAAAACACACUAAGUUUCAUGUCCUUAUUGUUCACUUCUGGACACUUAAUUCCACAAUUGCCACAUUCCCAUACAUAUCAGUGAAGCCUUUCACUUAUAAUUUUAGAUCUAAAAAUGUGCUAACCAAUCAAACAAUAUUCCCCCAGUUGAUGAGUUUUUCUCUUCUUGUCCCAUUUCUGCUUGAGAAUGUAUGGAUGUUUAGAAGAUGUGGGGCUCAAAGCAAAGUUUAGCAGAUGCAAACGUACUCAGGGGUUUCAAUAGAUUGUCCAUAAGAGGCUGUGGGUGCUGUACCAGUAAUAGGCACGUGUGUUCAGAAAAUGGGGCGUAAAGCAAAACCCUAACAGGAGAGCCUGUUUGAAGGCUAAAUGGACCUGAAGUCUUACAUACAGUGGUAGACUUCUGUUAACAGCUUUCAUACUUUUUUUUUUUUUUUUUUUUUUUUUUUAAUUGGUGAUGCAAAGCUUGUUUUACUCCAUAGGCUUUGGUUUUUAUCAAAUAUUUGCCAGACUGGACUACUUGGGCAAUAUUGGCAGCUAUUUCACUCUAUGGUAAGCAACAACACCCUCUCUUUAGUCUUACUGUGGGUUUAUAUUGCUUGUGAAAUACCUUAAAUAACAGUUGCAAUGGUUGAUUUUUUUUCCUGUAGAUUUGUGUGCUGUUCUAUGUCCCAAAGGGCCUUUGAAGAUUUUGGUGCAAACUGCACAAGAACGAGAUGAGCCUCUCUUCCCAUCAUUAAUUUACUCCUGUAAGUUUUUUACAUUGCAGCUACAAUUCAACAUGUGAAACAUUGUCUAGAAGUGCUCCUCCAACAAGAGAUUCAGGCAUAUUCUGAAAAAUAAAAAUCCAAUUGUUUGUUGUGUUUCCAGCCACCAUGAUGUGGUCAAUUGGCAUGGCUGAUAGAGACAACAGUGAAGGUGCAGGAGCAAGAGUAACAUCAGUCACACGAGUUAAUUCAGAAGACGAGGAGGAAUUACUAGAGACUACUGAAGGGGUAGGACCCACAAACGAGGCUGCAGAAAAUGCAGUGAGGGCCCUGGGUUCACAAGAGGAAGAACAAGAAUCACCAAAUGAUGGUCAAGAUAGUGAAGAAGAAGAAAGUGAGUUCACUUAUUGUAUACUUUGGAAUAUUUGAUCAUUUAGUGUGAAUUUCUUCUAAGAGGAACUCUGAAAGAACUGUUGAUGGUGAAAAUGAACAAGUCAUUACCAGAAUCCCAAAGGAGACAACAAUCUGUUACUUUUUAAAAUACUCAUCCUUACAUAAUCUUGAUAGUGCUUGUAUGAUUUUAUGCUUUUUUAUUGAGUGUUUCAAUUUAUUGGUGUCUGAGAAAAGGGUGUGUUUUUCAGUGUUUUUUUUUUUGUUUGUUUGCCUUAGCUAAAACUGCUUCAGGGUUUCAUUCCCAUAGUGUUACCUGUAUUUUCCAUUGUUUGGAGAGUUCUUCCUCAAGUUUUGACUGAUUGACCAGUUGUUCAACAUAACCAUGUAUGAUUUCCUCAGCGUAAAUUUAAUUUAAAUGAAUCCUAAAGAAACACAGAGUUUAAUGUGUCGCUUUAGGGAAUAUUAGUGCUUUUUGUAUUUUUUAAACAGUAAGAAUCGUGAAUCAUUCAGUGAUAUAUGGUAAUUUGUAAAGCAAUCUUUUAUAUUUGAUGUUAUUUAUCAUUAUUUUUAUCACCAGAGGGUGUAAAACUAGGCCUUGGAGAUUUCAUAUUCUACAGUGUUCUGGUUGGCAAAGCAUCCUCCUACAAGGAUUGGAACACAACAAUUGCUUGCUUUGUAGCUAUACUUAUUGUAAGUGCUGAAAACUGGUCAUUCCUUAAUCAUUAACUCCUUUUUAUUGCCUUGUUGUGAGAUCUGUGAUCUGCUCAAUGAUGAUUCGCAUUAUUAUGAUGUCAAGAUGUACUGAGAGUACUUUUUUGACUAUUGAAAGGGACCAGUUUUUUUUUUUUUUUUUAGCUAAUUCUGGUGUCUGAAUCUGACUGAGCAGCCAGUUUUAAUUUGGGAAUCUACUGGGCUAAGUUGUUCAAAGCUUGGUUAAGAUAACUCAGGGCUAGCGAGAAAUCUAACUUCUGAUCUGAAAUCUUUAAAAAAAAAAUUCCGUAUACUUCUUUCUGUCUACAGUUUGAUGAUUGCAAAAAUAUCCCCGUAAAUCCUCUGAGGGCCUCCACAAUUCUUUGACAAAUUUCUAAGGUUGAAUGAAUGUCAGACCAGCAUUUCCCAUGGUCCCUAAGCAAUUACCAGUAUCUCCCUUUCUAUGUAUUUUUUAGAGACACACUUUGGCCAUGAUGGCUACCAAUGCCUUUAGGAUCAUGGUCAUUUUUAUCAAUAACUGUUUUUUUUUAUUAAAAAAAUCACCUUGAUCUUUAUUUCUGUCAUCAAGCCCUUCCUUGACUUCAAACACAGAAUCCUAAUGUAGGGUUUUCAACAAGAAUUUUGCAAGAAUCUUGACCAUCAUUCAGUGAUUCUUGUUCUGCACUAUUCUAAGUGCUUUCAAUUUUAACAACAUUCAUACUUUGCCCAUUUACCAUGUUUAACUGUGGUGGAACUUAUUUCACCUAUUUAUUCACUUCUAAAUGGAUUAUCUGGUUUUAUCAACUGAGUUGAUAAUACAAAUUGAUCAACAUAAAGAGUUUCCAAAACUGAGGUUUUGAGUCUUAGCCCUUUGUUAGAGUAAUUGAUGAAAGGCUAAUGCACAAAACUAAGUUUUAGAAACUCUUCAGAAUGGGCGAUUUCUAUUACCAAAUUAUCUUGUAAUACCCAUCACUGCUGUAGCACCACAGUUUCCUCAGAAAAUUAAUAGGCUUUGUUGUUUGUUCCUUGCAGGGUCUGUGCUUAACACUCCUCCUCCUGGCAAUCUACAAAAAAGCUCUACCUGCCUUACCAAUAUCAAUUACUUUUGGACUCAUUUUCAACUUUGCCACAACUGAGCUGGUUAAACCAUUCAUGGACAGCUUGUCAAGUCAGCAGGCCUUCAUUUGAGCUUUUGGAACAUUAACAAUAUUAUCAUAUUUUGUAUUAAAAGCUGCAGAGAGAAAUGGCUAUUGAAUUAGAAUGCUUGUUAUUUUGGGGGCAAUCCGUGUUAGUAAUGAGGCUGUAUUACUGUUAUUUCAAACAUAUUUUUCUUUUCGUAAAAAAAAAAAAAAAAAAAAAAAAAAAAAAAAAAAAAAGUGAGAAAGGAAAGAAGCAUGGACAUAAUACAUUUUCCUUCACUCAUGACAGAAAUUUCAUCUCCAAAUGUCAUUGUUAAAUUUGAAGUAUUUAAUAUGUACUCAUCUUGAACAAACUUUCGUGAACUUCGCUUGUAAACUCUUCCAAUUAAUGGUAACAGCAUCUAAAUAAUAGUUCUUCAGAAAUCACAACACAGGUGGUAGUUUCUGAAUUAAUAAUGAUGAUAACAGUAAAACAUGGCAUCAUAUUCCAUAAUGUUACCAACAGGGGUGUACAGUAUUUUUCCUUUUUUUUCCAAAUGCCUAAAUACACAGCCAUUUGACUGGCUUUUGUGGAAAAAUCAUUGUUCUGGUAUUGUUUUGGAACAUCAAUUCUGGUCCCUUAAUGAUUGCCUAGAACUCAACAUAUACAGGUAGUUUCCAGGAUUGCUAUUUUUGAGUGGUGAUUAACAUUUUGCCUUCUCAUUUUGUCUCCCUUUUAUGCAAACUUAAUUCCUUAUAUUUUGUUGAUAAUUAACUUUUGUAUUGAUGUACCAGUCAUGAGGUAGUUAUCUUUUCCUGAAUAUGACCAAUUGAAGUUGGAAGAAUCUUGAAAAAAGCUGCAACAUUAGUUUUCAUAUCUGUUUUUUUUUAACCCUUUAAUUCCUAAGAUCUGAUUGUUACUUCUGUCCUUUAGCUGCUACACAUUUCCUCGUAAAUUAGUUACAGAAAUUUGGUGUUCAAUCAAGAUCACAAUUUCAACCUCACAGGUUUGAGUAUUCUCAUUGCGUGUUUCCUGGAUAAUAUCUGCACAUUAUAAGGAGAACUUACAUAUUAAUCACUUAAGGGAGUAAAAGGUUUAAAAAUAAUGAACAAACUUAGUGGGAAAGUAAAAUGUUCUUGUAAAUACCAAGCAAUGAGUUCAAAUCAAAAUCAUUUAGUUUCCUUCAAUAAAUUUCAGCAAGUAGUUAAUGCAGUAAAUUAUUUAACUAUGAAUCCAAUUAUUAUUCUUACCAAAAUAGACAGCACUUUGCAAUUAAGACUACUUUGUUUCCUAAUACUUAUAUACCAGUAGAUCACACAUUGAAUUUUUCCUGUGCCAUUGCUGGGAAGGCAGAAAGAAGCACACAACAGAUAAAAAAUAAAAGUAAAGAGGUUUUAUAUCAGUCUAUGUUGAUCCUUAAUGGUAAAAACUAUGCAAGACUUCUUGAGUAGAGCCUAAGGAAGACCAAGAUAACAGUGUUUUCCUGUACAGACUCCCCACCCAGUAUAUAAAACAUAUUAUUGUAAUUGUAGUGCUCGGAAUUUAAAAAAGUGAGGUUGACCUUAUUUUAAAUGGUGGGCAAUCAAAAUUCUUGAAUUUGGUUAAAAAACAAACUCCACAUAUUAAGAACACUGCACAAAAGGAAAUCAAGAACACUUGUCUUUCCUUGUUUGUUGCAAAUAUUAAGAUGUUCCCAAAUGUUAGAUGAGCCUAGAUUCAACAAAA